AUGGAGGCUUUUGGCAACAAUUUUUAUAUGAAGAUCAAUUGGAACUGGCCCUGCCUUUUAUAUUGGAGCUCAAAGGAAUUGUGCUGGUUUAAUAAUAUUUUGUGGAUAUAUAACAUUAUUUAAAUUGGUACAUCAUUUAUUACCAAUCAAAGCGUAGUAUUUUAAAAAUGAAAACAAUUUAUAUAAUGAGGAGAAUAGUCAAAAAAUUUAAUGCAAAUGUUUAUUUAUUCAUGGAAGACUUGAUACUUUAACUAUAGAAUAAAUAAAAAUUAAAGAUUUAUCACAAAUAAGUUUACCUGCUCAUAUCAAAGAUGAAUCAUAUUUGUAAAUUUAAGAAGAAAUGACUCAUAACUAAUUAAAAAUUAAAGAUGAAUUAAGCGCUCUACUGUUAUCCAGAAUUAAAUAAGAAUAGAAAUUUUGA